AGGUGAUUCACGUUCAGGUUUGUGUUUUCUGAUGUCAUGAGAACGCUGCCGUGACUGUGGUUCCACGAAGCAGGGAAAAGGAAUUAUGGGGUGCUUCGGGAGCAAGGCUAAAUUGUCGAAGGAGGACGUCGAAUUCCUGAAAGCACACACUCGAUAUGACGAAGCCACCAUCAAGGAAUGGUACAAAGGCUUUCAGCAAGAUUGUCCAAACGGGAAGCUGACUCCUGCCAAGUUCGUCGACAUGUACAAAAUGUUCUUCCCGAGUGGGAAUGCCGAAGAAUUCUGCGACCACGUGUUCAGGACAUUCGACACGGACAAAAACGGUUACAUCGACUUCAAGGAAUUCCUGUUGGCUAUCGACGUGACAUCGGCCGGGUCUCCGAGGGAGAAACUGAAAUGGGCUUUCCGUAUGUACGACGUGGACGGGAACGGAGUCAUCGACCUCGGAGAAAUGAUCAAAAUCGUCCAGGCCAUCUACGACAUGCUUGGAAAUAAUGCCGCCAACAAGCCUGUGGACAGCGCAGACCAGAGGGCAAAGAUCAUCUUCAACAAAAUGGAUGAGAACAAUGACGGCCACCUGACGGAGGAAGAAUUUCUCAACGGAUGCAUGCAAGACGAAGAGCUUUCCAAGAUUCUUGCCCCUGGGCCAUAAUCCUUUAUUUGAUUUUUUAUCAGUCAUAUUUGUCUUCUGUCUAUCCUUACUUCUCUCUCUCUCUCUCUCUCUCUUUCUUUCUUCCUUACACUCGCACUCUUUCACUCUCUCAUACUCUCUUUCACUCCACUUUAGACGGCAUUCCGAGCCUUUAGGGAAGGCUAACAACGCACUGGACUGAGUGAUAGAGAUAUUGACAAUCCCUUGACACUUCAUCUACGAGACGUGUGAGAGUGGGAGAAAGUGCGUGCGUAUUGUGAUGUGCCGGACCUUGGGAAUGCCGUCUGUAGACUGAAUGCAUUUUCUCAGGGGUUCCUCGCCCCUCGUGAAGUUGUGAUCCCUGCUCCACCGUACUGCCCUGUCUGUGGCUGCGUUUUCGGAUGGCUCUCUUUUUCUUGCCCUUAUUUUUUUAUCAUUAGCGACCCAUUACAUUCACCUGCAUGCAAUCAGACUUUAACGGAAUGAAAUCACCUUCCUAUUUAUUGGAGGACUGAAGUCUAGAUGAAAGAUCUUUUGCAGAUUGCGACCCCCAACUGACUUCAUUCGGCAAACGAAAAUUGCGACGAGGAAUUCAUGAAACUCGCCUAGGCGACAAAGCGGUGGAAUUCAUGCCCCUACUAUUAUUGUGAUGCUUUCUUCUUACUGGAGGAAAAAACUUCGAAUAAGGUUCUAAAAUAUGUCAUGUAUAUCACGAAGACGCAUUAGCGAAAGUCCCUUACCUCGGUUCGCUUAAUAGGGGGAAGUACCCCAGUAGAGCCGAGGACUUUUUUAGGAUCUGACCCCUCCUUUGGUACGCCUAUAGUUUGUCAAAGAGAAAAGGUCGAUGUGGAUGUUCCCAGUGUUGUAUUCAAAUACACCAUUCCAAGAAAAAACAGCGUUUUCCCUGAGCUUGAGUGGAUAUUUCCCUCUCUUCCGUCGUUCAUUGCUCGAAAUUCCCCGCACCGAUGACGACGAAUUUCCUAGGGUUGGACGGUCUCUUUCUUCCCUUGAUUUAGAGUAUAAUACAUUACUCAUUUAGGAGUUUCGAUAGGGCGAUCGAGGAAAGAUGAAAGGGAUCUUCAGUCCACUGCCGCGACUAUUGCUCUUUUUUUAAAAUUGGAAUAGUGCAUUUGUUGCCGAUUUUCCACCCGUUCGUGUGACAGAUAACAAGAUCAUGGAAUACGUGUUGAAAGGAUAGUGCUUCAGAAAAUGGUGGAAUAGCCGAGGUGAUGACGGGUGGCAAGGUUAGCUUCGCAUCCAAGUAGCCAUUUUGCCCUUCGGAGAUUUCGGUAUCGGAGACUGCGAUGAGGAGGUUCCCGAUUAUUCUAUCAAAAUGCAAUUUACCGUUUUUUCUUCCUAUAGUUUCGAUACUUAGCGAUCCCAGGACUAAAAAUGUAUUGAAAGCUUUUCCUAUCAUACUCACGUUCAUACGUAACUGCACUGUGGAGAAGUUCGAGUGGCCUCGACCGAGCAAUCGAUGAGCAUGCACACCGUCACAUGACACCAUCCCUAAGGAAACGUCGCACCCAUAGCACGUGACGGAGGGAGAAAAUAGAAUGAACCGAGAUCUGCCACGCACACCCUUCAAGAGCUUCUCAGAAGACUCAGACUCCCAACUUCCUUGGCUAGGGGCAAGGGUAGCGGUACCCUGGCUAAGCCGACCAGAUUUCUAUGUCGCAAAAGUGGGACGCCCAAUAAAUACUUCCCGUGCCUCCUAGAAUAAACA